AUGUCUUGUUGCCUUUCUUUGAGCGUAUCAACAAAUAAAAAUAAUCAAACAAGAUCAGCCGCCAACUCAUCACCAUCAGUUUCAUACAUACACAAGGCAUUGUCUUUUUUCUUUCUAUCAUCAUUAUGUUGUAUAAAACUACUACGUCGGAAUCAGCAUCAUCUCAAGAGGGAUGAAGCCGAAGCUGAUGGUACUAAUCUUAUUCGUCGCCUUUGUUAUUCUGCCAAGCAACUAAAAGACUCGGGAGUCACAUUCGUGGCGAGUAGUGAAAGUGAUAAUCCACUCGAUAUUACAUUUGCUAAUGGGAAGUUAAACAUAACGAAAUUAGAAAUACACGACAACACGGAAACUUACUUGAGGAAUUUGAUAUAUUUUGAAAAGUGUCAUCAUCUAGGCAGUUCUUACUUCAUUGAUUAUGUUAUAUUCAUUGAUGCAUUGGUAGAUACCGUGGAAGACGUGCAAGUGCUGGUUAAAAACAAAAUUUUGAGUAAUCAUCUAGGAAGUGAUGAAGAUGUUGUAAAUCUUUUCAACAAUAUUGGCAAAAAAGUGCCUGUGUCAUACGAGGUUUACUCCGAUGUCAGCGAUGCUCUGAAUCGCUACGCUUCAACCCGUCGUAAUCGAUGGAUAGCUAUUUUGAGGAGCAAAUACUUCAAUCAUCCUUGGGUAAUUUUGUCAGUCAUCGCCGCAAUCAUACUUUUUGUUCUUACUCUAUUACAAACUGUUGCAAGUUUCUCCAACAACUAG